AUGGCCGAUUUCGUAAAACUUUCCAUCUUUGGAACCGUCUUUGAGGUUACCACCCGUUAUGUCGACCUCCAGCCGGUCGGUAUGGGUGCUUUCGGUCUUGUCUGCUCCGCCAAGGACCAGCUCGGAGGAACCGCCGUCGCCAUCAAGAAGAUCAUGAAGCCCUUCUCGACCCCCGUGCUGAGCAAGAGGACUUACCGAGAGUUGAAGUUGUUGAAGCAUUUGAGGCACGAGAACAUUAUCUCCUUGAGCGACAUCUUCAUCUCGCCUCUAGAGGACAUUUACUUCGUCACCGAGCUUUUGGGAACCGACUUGCACCGUCUCUUGACUUCGCGGCCGUUGGAGAAGCAGUUCAUCCAGUACUUCUUGUACCAGAUCUUGCGUGGAUUGAAAUACGUGCACUCGGCAGGUGUUGUCCACCGAGACUUGAAGCCUUCCAACAUUCUGGUGAACGAGAACUGUGACUUGAAGAUCUGUGAUUUCGGUUUGGCCCGUAUCCAGGACCCCCAGAUGACCGGUUACGUGUCGACGAGAUACUACCGUGCUCCCGAGAUCAUGUUGACCUGGCAAAAGUACGACGUCGCUGUCGACAUCUGGAGUACAGGAUGUAUCUUUGCCGAGAUGUUGGAGGGCAAGCCGUUGUUCCCCGGAAAGGACCACGUCAACCAAUUCUCGAUCAUCACCGAGCUCCUCGGUACUCCUCCCGACGAUGUCAUCCAGACCAUCGCCAGUGAGAACACCCUCCGAUUCGUUCAGAGCUUGCCCAAGCGAGAACGAGUACCGUUCAGCAAGAAGUUCACCAACGCCGACCCCUUGGCUCUCGAUCUGCUGGAAAAGAUGCUGGUCUUUGACCCCCGCAAGCGUAUCACCGCUACCGACGGUCUCGCUCACGAGUAUCUGGCUCCUUACCACGACCCGACCGAUGAGCCCUCCGCCGCUGAGGUGUUCGACUGGAGCUUUAACGAUGCCGACCUUCCCGUCGACACUUGGAAGGUGAUGAUGUACAGCGAGAUCUUGGACUUCCACAAUCUGGGUGACAUCAACGCCGAGGGUGCCGAGGGACCUGUGGCAGCGGACCUGCCUCCUCAACAAGCCGCAGCUUAA